UGUAAUUUCGGUUAUCACUUAUCGUGCCUAAAUCCUCCUUUGGAAAGUGUGCCGGAUGAAGAAUAUUGAGUGCAAAAUCGAUGAAUCGCAGAUAGUAAAACCCGGAGAGAAAUUGAAAGAGAGCAAGAAAAAAGAAAAGAUGCCCAGCAAACAAAACAAGUCAGGUCGCGAUUGGGGCAGAGGGAUGGCUUGCGUCGGUAGAUCUAAAGAAUGCACCAUCGUACCAAAAAAUCAUUUCGGCCCAAUUCCGGGAAUUGAAGUUGGCACUCGCUGGAGGUAUCGAUUUCAGGUAAGUUUUCUUACUUCUUAA